CCACGGGGCAUCGCCGUCCCCGGAGUCUUAUUGCUACCUUGCCCUAGCAUUUCCCAAGUUUUAUCACUCAACUUUUAUUGCAAACGUGAUCAUAAUUCCUGUGAGACAUUUACAAACAUAUCUAAAUUCCCUCUCAAUUUUAAUUCAUACACAUGCCAUUACCUUCUGCAGAGUCACCGUCACAACUAGAAAGUUCAAAUGCACCAGCAAAUUCCCCUAAUUUAUGCAUGAUAGUUGAUAUGCCAUCUUCAAAAGGCGCUACCAAACCAUCUUCAUCCAACAUUCCACCUACGUUUAAUAUAGCUAACAUUCUAUCACCUGAAACUCAGACAGAAACAUCAAGAAGUAGACAGAAUGGAGACGAUACUGAAAUCAAACAACCAUUUUAA